AAGCAUCAUACGUAAUUACCGAAAAACCCCGAGCGGCCGAUUCCGAGAAAGUGGCGAGAAAAUCUUUUGACGGAGCGAGAAAAUGACGAAGAAAGCACCCAAGUCAGGGAUAUCGCGGCCUUCGUCUCCGUCGUGCAGCGGAGGCUCUGGUCGUAACGUAGAGUCGGCUGUGAAGUCAAGCGAAGAUGCAAGGAGGUCUACAAGACUCAGACUCCAGCCUUUGAGAAAGCCAAAGACAAGCCAGAAGAAGAAGAAGAAACCAGCUAAGCUUCACUCGAAGAUGCCCAAGAAACCUCCCACUGCUUUCUUCUAUUUCUUGGAGGAUUUCCGGAAGCAAUAUCAAGAGCAGAAUCCAGAGAUCAAGUCCAUGCGCGAGAUUGGGAAGACUUGCGGAGAGAAAUGGAAAACAAUGACAUACGAGGAAAAGGUAAAGUACUAUGACAUAGCCACUGAGAAGAGGGAAGAGUUUCAACGAGCAAUGACAGAAUAUACCAAGAGAAUGGAAUCAGGUGAAUAUGAUGAAUCAGAGACCGACUCAAAUUUUUCUGAAUAGACUAUUUUUUAUUUACCACAUUAGAAAACAAUGUUCUUAAGCCUUCUAGGAUGGGUUUGUAAAUCGGUGAUAUUUAGAAGUUUCUGUUUCCUUGAGAUCAUUCUUUCCUGAUACUCAUUCUUCUGUGUACUGCACUUGGAGAUCAAUAAAAGCUAACCAGUUUUUU